AUGUCUGUUCAGAAUUCCGGUGUCCUAGGUGAACCGAUUGAUAAACGUCAAUAUGGAGGUAAUGGACUGAAGUUUGUUGUGAUAUAUACAGAAAGUAUUCGAAGUCAUCGAUUAUUUAGUGAAUUCAAGAAGGAAGUAAUAGAUGUAGCUUUUCGAUUCUGGGAGAGGGCAUUGAGUGUAAGAAGACCACCAAACAGAAAGCUGCUUGCAGAAAGAGGAUGUGUUGAGAAAACAUUCUUCAAAGAUUUAACAACGGGUAGAAUAUUUUGUAGAUCACAAUGCAACCCACACGCUAAAUGCUAUGACCAUCCAAUUCCAGAUGAAUAUGCCUCCGGAUGCUCUGUAGGAUCUAGUGUUGGAUCUCUCAGAGAAGUUUAUCGAGAUGGUCCAGGAUUUGCACCAAAUCAAUAUGUUGUUUUUGUUUCAAGUGUGAAUGAACAUGGUUGCUUAUCAGGUAGAACAUUGGCUUAUGCUGGUGCAUGUGAAACGCACCCUACAACUGACAGACCAAUUAUGGGAAUGAUCAACUUCUGUCCAGGAAAGAUGGAAAUAGAAGAACCAGGAAGAACUAUGAUGCUUGGUACAGCUAUUCAUGAAAUGGCUCAUGCUUUGGGAUUCUCUAAGUCAAAUUUCCCUUUGAUGCGUGAUCUAAACGGCAGACCAUUAACACCAAGAGAUCCCAAAACAGGUAAACCACCACUGAAUCCUCAAAGGCAGUAUGUUACAAGUGACAUUACUGUUAGACGUAUUGGUCGUCCCUGGCAUACAGCUGCUGGAUCUUUUAUAAAACCUGUCUUAGCAUUUGUUACACCGACAUUACUGGCGGUAGGACGCAAACAUUAUAACUGCCCUAAAUUGGAUGGGAUCGAGAUAGAGAAUGAAGGUGGAGAAGGAACGGCUGGUUCACAUUUUGAGAAGCGAACAGUUGGUGAUGAAACAAUGGCUGGUGAGACAGGAGUGAAAAGUGUACUUUCGGCAUUAACAUUAGCAUUCUUCACAGAUUCAGGCUGGUGGGAUGUCGAUUAUUCAGUUGCUGCAGAAUGGCAUUAUGGAAAGGAGUUAGGUUGUAACUUCGUCAUGGGAAGCUGUUAUGCAUAUAUGGCACGAAUGAAGCAAGCACGGAAAAGCAUAGAACCUUACUGUGACGAAACGGGUUCUUUAACGUGCUAUCAUAAGAAGGCUUUUGGGAUUUGUGCUAUGGGGAAAUAUAAGGGUGUGUUACCACCAGAAGAACAAUAUUUCGAAGGUUCUCCUAAUGUCGGAGGUACCAGUACAUUGACAGAUAGAUGCCCCACUGUUCAGCCAAUGGAGACAUUUUUCAAAGAACCUUUUAUGACCUACUGUGAUCAUCGUUUAAAUAUUCCAUUUGCACAAAGAGGAAAUAUGUUUGGUCAAGCUUUUGGGAAUAAAUCGAUAUGCAUUCCACAUAUGGGAGCUUGGAGAGCUGAAAUGAAUGGAAAAUUAACACAAGAUCCUCGAGUUAAAGCAACUUGUCAUGAUUACAUGUGUUCACGUACUGUACAAAUCAUCGUUGAUGGUCAAGCGUUUCCAUGUAUUUCUGGUGUAGCACAAAUACAAACUGGGCGAAUUCAAGGAAAUGCGAUCUGCCCUGAUAUGAAUGAUGUUUGCAGAGCAUACCGAAAAUGA